GUCCUACCUCGACUCUUCUACCCUUAACCAACCACUAAAAAAAAAUGGCGUACACACCUGGAGCUAGAGGUGGUCGCGGCGGUGGCCGUGGAGGAUUUCGCGGAGGUCGCGGUGGAGGCCGCGGCGGUGGACGUGGUGGUUUCCGUGGAGGACGCGGCGGAGGCCGUGGCGGCGGUCGUGGAGGCGGUCGCGGCGGUGGCCGUGGUGGUGCCCGUGGAGGUGCUGCUCGCGGUGGUGCUAAAGUUGUCGUCGAGCCUCAUCGUCACGCCGGCGUUUUCAUUGCCCGUGGAAAGGAAGACCUUUUGGUCACUCGUAACCUUGUCCCUGGCGAGAGUGUUUACAAUGAAAAGCGCAUCAGCGUCGACAGUCCUGAUGGCACUAAAGUCGAAUACCGUGUCUGGAACCCUUUCCGUUCGAAGUUGGCCGCCGGUAUUUUAGGUGGUUUGGACAACAUUUACAUCAAGCCCGGUGCCAAGGUUUUGUACAUUGGUGCUGCUAACGGUACUUCCGUUUCUCAUGUUGCUGAUGUUGUUGGACCCGAGGGUCUCGUGUACGCUGUUGAGUUCUCUCAUCGUUCUGGCCGUGAUCUGUUGAACAUGGCUAAGAAGCGUACCAACGUGAUUCCUAUUGUUGAGGAUGCCCGUCACGUUCAAAAGUACCGCAUGCUCAUCGGCAUGGUCGAUGUGGUCUUUGCUGAUGUCGCUCAGCCUGACCAGGCUCGUAUUGUCGGUUUGAAUGCCGCCGCCUUCUUGAAGAAUGAGGGUGGUGUCGUUAUUUCCGUCAAGGCUUCUUGUAUCGAUUCCACUGCUGAGGCUUCCGUUGUCUUUGCUCGUGAAGUCAAGAAAAUGCAAGAGGAAAAGAUUAAGCCCCAAGAGCAACUUACCUUGGAGCCUUACGAACGUGAUCAUUGUAUCAUUGUUGGUAAGUAUCUGAGAUACCAGUAAACUCUGAAAUGCAAUUUUGAUGCAUACGGCGUAUAUUAGCAAGCACGCAUAUAAAAGUCCUCUAAGUGCUUUGCCGCAUAGUUUGGUCAUUGAUCGGUGUUUUUGUUUAGUUCUUUUUGAAUUAAUGUGAUGGCUUGUAGCCAUUGGGUAAAAAACUUACAUUGUUGUGCGUGUUACUUGUAAUUCAUUUUCCCAAAUCGCUGUGUUCUAUGCGCUGCCC